AUGGGCAACAUCUGCCACGCCGGUCCACCCGCACUGGGCGCCGAGGCCCGGAGCAAGGCAAAAUCCACCAAGACCAAGGCUCCUCCGUCCCCGACCGGCAGCACCAAGUCAACACCGAGCUUUGGCAGGGACCCGACGCUCAAGCGCGAGGACUUCAUCUUCUCCAACAUCCAGACGGCGUCGUUCCUGGCCAAGCUCCCGGGAAGCAUCAACGGCCAGCAGUUCCUCAUCGAGGACUGCCACAACUGCGACAUCUUCCUGCUGGACCACUGCACGUCGGUGCAGAUCGAUGCCUGCGUCAACUGCCGCAUCGUCGUGGGGCCCUGCGAGAGCAGCGUCUUCCUGCGCGACUGCAAGAAAUGCACCGUCGUCUGUGCCGCGCAGCAGUUCCGCACGCGCGAUUGCGAGGACUUGGACGUCUAUCUCUACAGCGCCACGGAGCCCAUUAUUGAGACUUCCAGUCGCCUGCGGUUUGCGUGUUUCCCGCUGACCUACUUCUCACUGCAGCAGCAGUUCCGUCAAGCAAAGUUCUCGGCAUGGAACAACAAGUGGAGUGAGAUUUUCGACUUCACGCCGGAUCAUGGCGGCUGGACGCCGCUACCGAUGCACCCUCACGAGUCUCCAUUGGCCGAGAUGAUGCCGGAGAAGGAGAACAAUGGCGCGAGGUCGCUGUGGAAAAUGCCCUCGUGGACGGCGGAGGAGUUGGGGCUUUCGGUGGACCUGCCGCAGCUGGUGGUGCCGAUCACAAGUGGGCUAUGUGCCCGGAAGGAAGACGCACCGACUGUGUUUGUGUGCUUCGCAGUGGCCGACGAUACUAGCGACACUGUCGACGAGCCUACGCUGCUUAUUCGAACAAGACAGAUGAAACUCACAGCUGAACAAGCCACCACGCUGUUCCCUGAUGACGGUGUUCUCUGUGGGAAAGCAAUAGAUGCGGCGAACAACACACCCGGUUCGGUGAUGAUGGAGUUUCAGGGAGCUCUGUGCUACCAGUAUGUCAACGAUACGCUUCAGGACGCUCGAUUUGCAUCAGAGGCUGCAACAAGAAACAUCAUCUUCGUAUCUAAGGACACGGCUGCUGCAAUGCGGCUAAGCGAUCUCGUGUUUCAGCAAUGGAAACCGGUAGUUUAA